AUACUCUAAAGAGUACCACCACAAACGGAAAUGGCACCUCUAUACUACUUCAUAGCACUCCUUACAAUCACCCUCCUCGUCCUCCUCUCUGGCCACCGCCGCCGCCGCCGCCGCCACCUCAACCUACCUCCCACGAUCCCAAACUCCCUCCCCAUCAUCGGCCACCUCCACCUUAUCUUUCGCCAGCCACACCAACCCCUCCACCGCACCCUCACCUCCCUCUCUUCCACCUACGGUCCCAUCCUUCACCUCCACUUCGGCUCCCGCCCCGUACUCAUCGUCUCCUCCCCCUCCGCCGCCGAAGAAUGUCUUACCACCAACGACAUAAUCUUCGCUAACCGACCUUUACUACUUUCCGCAAAGUACCUCGGUUUCAACCACUCCAUCCUCGGCGCCGCCCCCUACGGCCCUUACUGGCGUAACCUCCGUCGAAUCGCCACCAUCGAGCUACUCUCCACAUCACGCAUCGUCUCCUUAGCUCGAAUCCGGGCUGAAGAAACCCGAUCCCUCCUCCGCUCUCUAUUCUCUACCGCCGCCGCCGACCGAUGGAAUCUCGCCGAGAUGAAAACAAGCAUAAAAAAUCUGUCUUUAAACACCAUGAUGAGGAUGGUGGAUGGUGAAAAGUACUACGAUGAGAGAUUUUGGUUGAUGGUAGAGGACGCGUUUAAGCUGAGCGGUAGUUCGAGUGUGGAGGAUUUUGUUCCUUGGAUUACUUGGUUUGGCGUGGCGGCGACGAAGAGGAGGAUGAUGAGAUUAGGGAAGGAGUUGGAUGAGAGGUUUCAGAUGAUGGUGGAUGAACGGAGGAGGAGGAGGAGGAGUGUGGUGGAGGAGAAGACUUUAGUUGAUGUGAUGCUGGCUUUGCAAGAAGAGGAGCCAGAGAGAUAUUCUGAUGAGAUCAUCAAGGGGAUGUUAUGGGUCUUAAUUGCAGCUGGAACUGAGUCUUCUUCUGGAACAAUGGAAUGGGCACUCUCCCUUCUUCUAAAUCAUCCCAAAACAUUACAAAAGGCAAGAGAUGAGAUAGACUUUCAUGUAGGUCGUGAUCGUUUGAUCACAGAUUCAGAUCUUCCUCAUCUUCACUACCUGCAAAAUAUAAUUAAAGAAACUCUUAGAUUAUAUCCAGCUGGUCCUCUUUUAGUCCCACACUACUCAUCAACAGACUGCACUGUAGAAGGCUACAACAUUCCAGGUGGAACCAUGUUGCUGAUAAAUGUUUAUGCGAUUCAGAGAGAUCCAAAGCUAUGGAAAGAAGCAGAAAGUUUCAAACCUGAGAGAUUCGACGAAGGAGAAGGAUCAGAAGGUUUUCAGUUCUUUCCAUUUGGUUCGGGAAGAAGAAAGUGCCCAGGAGAAGUUAUGGCAAAUAGAAUGAUGGGCAUGACAUUGGGAGCUUUGGUUCAGUGUUUUGAGUGGGAGAGAGUUGGGGAAGAAAUGGUUGAUUUGUCAGAAGGAGAAGGGCUUACUCUGCCUAAGUUAUUUCCUUUGGAAAUAAAGUACAAGCCUAGGGAGGUUAUGAUGAAUGUUCUAUCACAGCUUUGAUUGAUUAGCUGCCAUGCUGAACAAUUAUAUAUAUAACUAAAUUGAUAGCUGGCCGAUGUUUAAAUAAAUGUCUUGUAUGGUGUUAUGUUUAAGAUCUUUGGAUGUUUUAAAAAUAAAACAUCUAUUUGUAUUCAUAUAAAAAAAUACUGUGUUUCUAUGUAUCUAUAACAUUGAAAUCAUCUGGAGAAAGCCUAUAUAUUUGCCAUUAAAGCUAGACAUCAA